GUAUAUGCUGCUAUAAAAUUAGGCUACAAAGUGAGUGAGGCAGUGAAACGAUGGCGGACAACGUCUUGGCCAUGUGUUUGCUGCUUUUGGUAGCAUCUGAGUGCCGAGGCGGACUUCCUGAGGACGAGAAGUACACGACCAGGUGGGACAACUUAAACGUAGACGAGAUUUUACGCAGUAACCGCCUCAUUAACAAUUACGUCAAGUGCCUGUUGGACAAAGGCCCCUGCACCCCGGAUGCCGUCGAGCUGAAGAGGACUCUUCCAGAUGCCCUGGAGACAGACUGCUCUAAAUGCAGUGAUAAGCAAAAGUCCGGUUCCACUAAAGUGAUCCAUUUUCUAAUCGAUAACAAGAAGGAAGACUGGGAGAAGUUGGAAGCAAGAUACGACCCGUCUGGUGCUUAUAGGAUCAAAUACGAAGCAGAAGACAAAGAGAGUGACGUGAACAUCUCACCAGCUGAAGAAUGAACACCCUGUAUAUGAUUAAAAUUCGAGGAGGAGAUUACAGUACGAGACGUUCCUUUGUUGUUUCGAUUCCAGGCAUUUGUAUUUUUUUUUUCAAUUCUUGUGUAUUGUGAGUAAUUCGGGAAAAUAAGUCUUUCUUAGCGUGCCUCGUUCAAUGCCCGUUCUUCGCAGUGCAGUUGGUCAUGAAAAUAUAAAAGAGUAACGACUAUAUUUUGAAUUUAUAGAAAAAUGAAUAAUCGCGAGUCAAGUGGCGUGGAUAUGAGUACUUAUCCAAUUGAUCAUGGUCGCCCGGAUAAUGAGAAACUUUACAGAACCGUAUUUAGAACCUUCUAAGUCUAACAUAAAGAAAUAUCGUCUACUAAUUCUAUCUUCGGUUAUGAAUUUGUUUGUAGUUCUAUUUACAAAAUUUAAUUCAAAUGUGUAAAAUAGAUAAUGUUUGGAAAGUUUCUAGUUAGUGACAUUUCUGUACAUGUAAUAAGCACGUUAUUGAUUUUAAUAAAUAUUUCUGAUUAUGCUUAUAUUCUGCUUAUGAAAUUAAAAAUAAUUCUGUGGCUUAAAUCGUGCGUUAUAAAUCGGUGUGAAAGGAUUUUAAGAGGAAAUACAAUAUUAUUAAAAAAAAGUUAUUCUUAAUUUACUCUCCUGAUAGGCAUUUAAUCGUAACUGAAACGGUCCAAACACAGAGUAGUACAUGGAAAAGUGUAUAAUUUUCUGAAGUGUUAAAUAUAUCUUGAUAUUCAGCAUUUGAAA